AUGUCCCGAAAGACAUCAGUCGUCCUGGUCGGCGCAGGGGGUGCCAAUGUGCGCCUUGCGCAAGAGCUCGACAAGAAGCUAGACCCAACGAAACAUACACUCACAGUCAUAUCCCAGGCGGACUACUACCGCCAUCUCCCAGCGACACUCCGACUACUCGUCACCGACGAGGGGAUUCGUGAGCAAGAUAUCGCACUUUCGUACGAUAGCCUCUUUGGAAAGAAUAUGAAGAAUGGGAAAGGUCGCGUUGGAGUGCUCAGGAUUGCCGAGAUUGUGAAUGUCGAGGAGAAGGAACGCGGAGAAGGUGGUUGGGUCGUCCUGGAUGACGGGAGCAAAAUUGAGUGGGAUAUUCUCGUCGUAGGGACUGGAUCUAACUGGAACGGUCUUCUCCGAUGGCCCACCAAACGCGUCCAGCUCUCCGAGCAUCUCAAUGUCUGGCGAGACCGCUUUGCAAGCGCGAAGAGCGUGCUUAUUGUCGGUGCGGGAUCUGUUGGUUCAGAGCUCGCGGGCGAGAUACGAGACUACUACCCGGACACCCAGAUCACGCUUGUCCAUCGCGAUUCGCUCACUCUCAAUAAAGCAUAUCCAGCAAAGUUUCGACAGAGUAUUGGCGACGACUUGACUUCGCGCGGAAUCCAGUUUGUUACCGAUGACAUUCAAGGGCUCUCAUCGAGCGUAAUGGAAGGCUCUGAGGGGGUGGUCCCCGGCGAGAGAUCGUGUCCUCCAAGGGUCUUUACAGGUGGACGUACCGUCUUUAUCCGCGAAUGGCCAUCUCAAAGUACGAGGUUCGCUGCAACUCGACUCGAACCCGCGCGUGUUCGCGGCGGGGACGUCACCGACAUUGCUGAGCAACAUACGCUCAUGAAAGCCGGCCUACACGCCUCUCUCAUUGCAGCCAAUAUCGUAUCGCUGCUGAAACUGCCGGUCCUCACAUCGAACACUGCGGGCGAAGCGUCUGCGGGUUUGAAGCAGUACACUCCAUCGUCGGAGAUGCUCGUCGUCACAAAUGGAAAGCGCAGUGGAACUGGCUUCCUUGGAUCGAUUUGCGGUAUUCCAAUUGUUGUAGGAAAGUGGCUAGUAGUCUCAGCCAAGUCUCGGGAUCUCUUCAUUCCAAAAGCCAGAGCCAUGCUGAACCGAGCAUAG